UUACUGUGGUACAUGCUAUUAAUCGUGUAUUCUCAUAGAUCUACUCAAAGGAAGGUAAUCCUGUGACAAGUUCCCAUGAAAAGUUGAUGGCUGUUGGAGGACGAUAUGAUAUGUUGAUGGAACAAGCUUGGGAUAAAACAUAUAAAACCAAACCCCCCGGUGCUGUUGGUGUGAGCAUUGCACUUGAGAAAUUCCUUCCUAAUAAUCCUGCAUCUGACGUUGGAUUGCCAAGGAUUGAACAUAGCAUCAGUGUACUUGUCUGUUCAAAGGGCGGCGGUGGACUCCUAAACGAGCGUAUGGAACUUGUUGAAGAACUGUGGGAAGCUAACAUAAAGGCUCAAUUUGUACCUCAGGAAGACCCAAGUCUUCAAGAACAAUAUGAGUACGCCAGUGAUCAUGACAUCAAAUGCCUUGUAUUUAUCACUGAAGGACUUUCGCAAACAGAUCUUGUGAAGGUUCGACAUCUUGAUGCAAAAAGGGAGAAAGAAGUUAAAAGAGAAGACAUUGUAAAGUGGAAACAUUGUUGCCUGUUCAAACUGAUACACCAAACUGAUUCAUGCCUGCUACAGACAGUCUUGUGCAUAGUUCAGAUAGUUUACGAUCAUAGUUCAGAUAUUUUUGCAACUAGGUGA